UCCCAAAGUGUUUUAGUACGGCUUAGUGGUUAGUUUAAGAUUUCGAGAGAGAGGAAGGAACAACCAAUAAAAGUAAGGAAUGAUGAAUCUACUAGCUUUGAGUCUUGUCUUGAGUACUUUACUAGCGGCGGAGGUAUGGUCUCCGAGCCCAGCCAUGACCACCAACCACGGGGCGGCGUCUGAGGGAGACAUCAUCGUCAAAGACGGCCACCGAGUUGUGGUGGUUGAGUACGAUCGUGAUGGUAAAACAAAUACCAGAGUCUCUAUCUCGCCACCAUCGGCAGAUCAAGAAGGCGAUAACGAAGAAGGGAAGGGAGGUUCUUUGUUUAAAAAUGCUAAAGAGAGAGUGAAAGAAACGGCGUCACAUCUUCCACACGUCGGCCAAGGGAUCUCACAGCCGGUGAUUACGACCAAGGACGAAACAGAGGAGUCGCGUGAUCAUCACGCGACGGCUGGGGAACUCAUAUGCGACGCGUUUGGUAAGUGCAGGCAAAAGAUCGCGAGUGUGGUGGGUCGGGCUAAAGAUAGAACCGAUGAUACUGUCGGCGAGACUGCUUCCGAUGUUGAAGACGCCGUCGCUCGUAAGGCUCACGAUAUGAAGGAGACGAUUACACAUGCGGCACGUGACGUGGAAGACACGGUGGCUGGUAAAGCCCGAUAUGCUAAGGACAAGGUAACAGGAAAAGCCUAUGAUGUGAGAGAGAGUGUGGCUCAUAAAGCCCAUGAUGCUAAAGAUAAGGUGAGGGGUAAAGCAUAUGACGUGAAGGAGACAGUGGCCCAAAAAGCCCAUGAAUCCAAGGAGAGGGCGAAAGAUAGAGUGAGGGGAAAGGCACACGAAUUGAAGGAAACGGUGGCUCACAAGUCCCAGAAUGCGUGGGAGAGAGUUAAGAAUGGGGUGCGUGAGUUCGGGUCAGCGGCUGUGGGGGCGCUUAGUCCGACAAAGGUAGCGAGCGUGGUUGGGCUGACUGGGAUAGCUGCGGCGUUUGGGACUUGCGUGUGGGUGACGUUUGUGUCAAGCUACGUUUUAGCGUCGGUGUUGGGGAGGCAACAGUUUGGUGUAGUGCAGAGUAAGCUGUAUCCUGUUUAUUUUAAGGCGACCUCUGUGGGAAUCCUUGUGGGUUUGUUGGGUCACGUGCUUAGCCGCCGGAGGAAACUGCUCACCGACGCCACGGAGAUGUGGCAAGGGGUUAACCUCUUGUCCUCUUUCUUUAUGAUUGAGGCUAACAAGUCAUUUGUUGAGCCACGUGCCACCAAGGUUAGU